AUGUAUAUUAUUUUGAUAUUGUUGAAUAUAGUAAAAUCAAGGGAAAUAUUCAAAUUGGAAAUCAAUAAAUCAUAUUAAUUCUAUGGGUAAAGAUUACAAAUGGUAAAAUACUAGAGAAGUUCCAAAUUCAUGGCUUACUUAUCCAGUCCAUUAAUUUAGACUCAAAAUUCCAUAAGACAUGAUAAAUAAGGAUAUUUUUGUUUUAUUAACACAAUUAAAUGAUACAAGUUAACAGAUUAUAUUACACCUCAGUCAAUCAGAACAAAUGUAAAUUUGUAUUAAAUAUAAAAGAACAUUAAAUCAAAUUAAUGAUUGUAGAUUGUUUGAUUUAGAAUUAUGCAAAUGCUAAUAAUCAUAAAUUAACUCCUAUUGUUAUUUUUUUGUGUUUUGCAAAAUGAAUUGCUAUUAUUAACUUGAUGUAAUAACUGAAAAUAUGAAUGACUAUUUAAGUAAUGAAAUUACUCUCAAAUCAACAAAUUAGAUAGAAGGGAAACCAGUAAUGUUUAAUUUAAGUAAUAUUGAAUAUGAAAGAUUUUAUAUCAGGAUAAUGUAAAUUGAUACUUUUAGUAAAUUAUCUAUUUACAUUAAUAUGAAUGAAACUAUUCCUACUAUAUAAGAAUUUGAUGUUCAAUAUUAAAUUGAUGGAGACAAAUACUUAUUUUUUUAAAAUAAUUUUACUUAACAUAUAAAUACAAUUUCAACACUUAUCAAAGGUUGGGGAAAUUUUUUAUUACAGUGUAAAACUUAUAAAAGAAUCCAAGAUAUUACUUUAUAUUAAAAUAUAAAGGAUACAGUAAUAAAGGAUGGAGUAAAUUUUUAUAAAUUAAUUAUUGAAGAUUUUAAGGAUAAUAUAUUGAUAUUUGAAAUGAUUCCUAGUACUAAAAAGAUUUUAAUCUAUAUUUAACCAUGCAUAGAAGAUAGAUGUUCAAAUAAUUACUAAGAUUUUGAAUGGUAAUUUUAAUUUGAUCAAGAAUAUCAUUAAUUUAUAAUUCCUCCAUAUAAAAUGAUUUACACUAAAGUCUAUUUGAUUGCAAUCAACUCAAAAUAUGAUGAUUCAUUUUAUGUGUUUUAAACCAAAAUAAAUGAUAAUAUAUAGGAGAGACUUAACACCUAAAGAGAAUUUUAAGGGAUCUUAUAAAAAAAUUAGAUUGCUUUAUUUUUAUUACAACCUUUUAGUAAUGAGCAAAUUGAUAGAAUUGUAGAUGUAAUUGUAAAUUAUCCAAAAGGACAUGGUAUAGUUUUGAGUAAAUUGUGUAUUAAAGAUGAAGAAGAGAUUUAAAUUAUUGAUAAUACAUUUGAAUAUCUUCAAUAAGCUGAUUCUAAUAAUUAUUAUAAUUGUUCUAUCACUCAAGAACAAGCAUCAUUAAUUUCAUAAGAUCAUUUAUAAACUUAAAAUACUUUUUAAUUUCAUAUCAAUUCAUCAUAAAUCUAAAUUAAUGUAUCUAAAUUAUGGUUUGAAUAUCAAUCAUAUAAUUUUCAAUAUGUGAUUGCAAUCUAAAGUUAUGUAGAAUCAAUGAGAUUCUCUUUAGAAAGAAGAUUAACUAAUCAAUAAAAAUUUAUUACAUUAAAUUCAUUUACAAUAAACUAUUCACUACUAAAAGAAUUAAAUACUGAAAAAUAUUAAUUUUAUACAUUUAACUAACCUGAUUAAAUAUUCUCUAUUUGUCUAGCCACAUAUUAAGGUGAAUAAAGUGCGAAAUUUAAAACUUUUUCCUCUUACUAUACUAAUAUUAUAAUAAAGAGAGUAAGAACUUUAGACUUAGACAUUAUGUAAUAUUAUGCUAUUGAUUCAUUUUCUUAUGCUCUAUAAAUAUAAGCAACCAAACACUUAAGAUAUUCUAUUAUUCCAAUCCUUAGCAUGAAAUCUGAUACUCUAAUUAAGUAUAUUCAAUUAAUUUAAGCAAUUCCAUUUAAAACUUUAGAUUUAAAUCUUUACUUCCAUUUUGAAAUUACUGAAGUAGCUAUCCUUUAUAUAAACCUUAAAUCAUUAUAGGGUAACUUUAUAUGUUACAUUCUUAGUAGUAAUAAAAACUUUGGGAACUAAUUUCCCUAUGAAACUAAUUUCACCCUUACAAGUACAUAAUAAACUUUUAUUAUUGAAAAUCCUAAGUAAUUUAAUUAUUUACAUGUAAAAUCAAUCUCUCUUGAAGAGGAUGAAUCCUAUCAAAUUAUGUACUAUUAUAACACAUCACAUUUGGAACUAUUCUUGUCCAAUACAUUUUAUGGUUUCCUUAAUGAUAACCAAUCAUUAUAUUUCUAUUACUAAUCCUCUUACUAAUACUCUUAAUUGUACAUCAUUAAAACUUAUCUAUCUGAAUAUAGUGAUGAAAACAAUCUUUAGAUUUAUAUUAGUCUUAAUAAUAAAUGUCCUGAUGAAUUCAAUUUUGAAUAUCAAAUUUAACCAAGUUCUUAUUAUAUAUCCAUUCCUAAUCUUAUAUAAGAUACUAUAUUAUAUAUUGGAGUUUACAGCAAGGGAUCUAAUAAGUAUUCAAUUUUGGUUUAAGAAAGAAAUUCUAGUAUUUAAUUAAAAGAUAAUAUCAUCUAAAUAAGUCCAACCCUAGAGUAAUAGAAUUAUUAUUUUUAUUAUUUUAUUCCUAAGUAUUUCAAUCAAUCAGUUAAGAUUCAAGCUUAUACUAGAUCUAAUUUAAUAGAAUUAUUAUGUAAUAUAAUUGAAUUUGAUCCUGAACAUAGUGACAAAGAAAAUUAUCCAACUAAUUAAAAUUAUAAAAUUAAAGAAUUAUUUAGUUCUAAUCCAUCAAAUAAAUUAUUAUUUAUAAAUACAACUGAUUUGAUUUAAUGUAAAGAUAAUGGAUGUCUCUUAUUAAUAAAUGCUUAUAUUUUAGGUCAUUUCGAUCAUUUCAAUAUUAUGGUAUCCUCUAAAUAUACACUCAUUAGAAAUCUUGAAAUGAUAAUUGGAUAUUCUACUUAAAAUACAAUGUCUUAUUACUAUUUUAAUAUUAUUGAACAUAUAAAAGAUAUCUAAAUAUCUGUAAGAGCAAUCCAAGAUUGUGAUUAUGAUAUUUAUCUCUUGAAAUCUUAAAUUAACACUUCGAUUCUUUAUCCUUCUGUUGAUUAAUACACUUAUAAAUUUGACUCAGAUACUCUUAUAAUAUCAGAAGAUGAUAAUAUAGGACAAUAUAUGAUUGGAGUAUUAGCUCAAGAUUGUAUUUACGAAGUAUUAUUACAUCUUGGUGGAUUCUAAUUGAGUUACAUUCAUAAUGGAUAAAUUAUUGAUACUUUCAUUGAUAAUACUAUUUAAUAUUUCUAUUUUAAUAAUCACUAGGAACCAUUUCGUAUCAUGAUUUAUGAUAUUAAGAACAUAAAAGUUUCAAUAAGUAUUAAAGAUAAGAGUGAUUUAAUAGAGUUGCAAAAUAAUGAUAAUCUAUUUGGAGGUAUAAUCUAAAUUGAUAAAGAUCUAUGUUCCAUUUGUAUUUAUAAUAUAACACUUUAUCCUAUUAGACCAACUGAAGUAUCUUUAAUUCUAACAUACAAUACUAUUCCUUUAACUAUUAAAUAUGGUAGAAUAUAUUAUGAUCAUUGUUUAAAUAUAUGUGAAUUUAAUCUAGAACCAGGAGAGUUAAAUUUAUUUGUUUACUCAAAAUCUAUCAAAUUGACUUUUCAUUCUAAAAUCAAUCAAGUAACAAAUAUGAAUCUAACCUACUCUAAUUAUAUCAUUCCAAUUAAUUAAUCUUGUAUAUUGCGAAUUUAUUAGGAUUCAUACUAUUCUAUAAAUUUAAAUAAUCAAGAAAUUCCAAUUACUUUAAUAUUAGGUAAAGAAUUCAAUGGAAGAAAUAUGAUUGGUCAAAAUUAAAGAGUAUUUAUUUUUUAAAUUGAGAGAAUUGAUUUAGAAUAUAUAAUUUAAGUUUCAAGUAAAUCUGAUAUUUUUGUUGAUGUCUAUUAUGAUAAUAGUAUAAAAAAGAUAAUUCCUAAAAUAGAGUACAGGAUCAAUAACAAAUAGAGAAGAUUAAUUUAUUAAUUUCAACAAAUUGAGAAAUAAUAUAAAAUAAUUCUCUAAUGUAUUGAUUAUUAUCACAUUAGCGUAGAUAUCUAUAACAAAAAUUAAAUAAAGUAUAUUAAUUUCAAUAAUCAUUAUUUGGAAAUUAUUGAUGAAACUUAGUAAUAUAAUAUCUAAGCAGUUUUGGAAUAAGAUAUACAAUUUGAGAAAAUAGAUUGUUUAGGAAAGACUUCACUACUGAAAUCUUAAUAUGUUACUUCUAGGGAUAUAUUUUUUAAGAUUUAAGUAACAGAUCGAAUGAAACCAUUUCCAUUUAAUAUUUUUAGUUUAGUACCUCACAUCUAAUAUUCUCAUGAUUAAUGGUAUUUUAAGAAUACAAGAUUUGAAAUAAUCAAACAGUCCAAUGAUUCUUUAGAAGUUAAAAUAUUUACAAUGAAAAGAAAAAAGACUGGAAAUUUAAAUUUAAAUAAAUUAAUGUAAAAGUAUAGAGAAUAACUUAUAGUUAUAAAUUGCACUUGUCAGAUCAAGAUUAUUUAAUGAAAGCAUUAGGUUGUGAGAUUGAUAUUGAAUUACUAUAAAAUUAUACUGGUAUUUCUAUCUUUUACACUUCCAUUAUUUAAGAAGUAAAAGAGAAAGAGGAAUCUCUUUAAUUUACAGGUAUUCUUUAAUCUAUAAAGUAGUAUUAAUUAAUAGAGAGUUAAUUUAUGGUUUACUGGUAUUUUAAGCAUAUUAUGAGAAUUAUGAUAUUCCAUAUACAUAUUUUUAUAAUGCCAGCCUUAUUUAUAAUUAGUCUGAGACAAUAAUAAUGAAAGAUGAAGUUGGGAUAGAAGAUUCUAAGAUAGAUUAUAUAUUAAUAGUGUUUGGAAUUAGUAUAAUAUUGGCUAUUAGUUUAAUAUGUAUUUGGAUAUGUAUGCCAAAAAAGAAAUAGAAAAAAAGAGAAUUUAAUGAAUAAUAAUAAUAAUAAUAAUAACAAUAAUAAUAAUAAUAAUAGGAAUUAUAAUCAUUAAAAUAAAAUGAAUAAGAAUUAGUUAAUAUCAAUUGA